AUGAGCGUAGGCAACGAGGCCCAACCUACUUGUUCCAAAUCCACCGCAAUCUCCGAUUCUAAUUUGACGACAGCUCAAACGCACGAUGAGAAGCUCGUUGUAGAUACACCUAAGUCAAGAAGACAGAAUUUGAAGAACUUGAUAGAACGUGUUCUUGACUCAUCUCCCCCAAAUAGCGAACAUCAACCAGGUCCUUCCGGAUGUCACACCUGUUUUCUUGAAAAUCAAAAAAUACUCGAAGCUUAUUACAAUUACUUUCUCAGCAAUGAUCCAAAUGCAUGGUACGAAGAAAUACCGGAAUACAAGUCUGCGAUACAGGGACGAUUUCAACAGAUUCAAAAUCCCACCCUAGACGACUUGGAGGAUCUUAAUUCAAUCUCUCAAUCUAUGCUACGUAAAUAUUUAGACAAAGCUCUAAACGAUACGAAUUCGGACAAUAAUGGGCUUCGAAACUCAAGUAUGACAGCUAAUGGAGACCUUACUAUCGGUUCGUUAACGAACCAGUGUGGUAGAAAUAUUAGCAUCGAGAGACAGCACUCCUACAGCAGCCUAAACGUAAAACAGUUGGUUUUAGGUCUUCAGGAGGCUAGGACUAGAGUAGAACGAGCAUUGCUAUACACACAGUUCUAUUGCACACCAUCAGAAAACGAUACACAUCAGCAAAAGAACUUUAAAUCAAAAUAUGCCCGCUCGUUCGAAAGCUGCGGCUCACAUGAAGAGGUUCUUGAGGCCUUACGAAAAGAAGCUCAAACCCUUUAUCAAGAUAAAGUCACAGCUCUUCGUAGAGAGCUAAACGAAUUACAGCUAGCUCAGAGCGCACAUCUUAAAAAUAAAGCGAGAAAAGCUGAAAAGGUUCAGCGGUUGCUUGAACGUACCUUGCCGUUUCGGCAUGCAAAUUGUAGUUUUAAACGCUGUGGGAAAAGACUUGAUCUAAGCGAAGAGAACCCAGAGUGUGCAGUUUGUGAGUGGCUUGUUAGUAAGGGGCGUAGCAGAACCAGGUUCUACUAUUGCUCUGCUAAACAUGCCACAGAAGAUUUUGAUGAUCAUGAUCGCCUACAACACCAAUGCUCUGCAGGCGAUAGGUGCUUGUUUUUCCCCAAGAUCGGGCCCCCCGGUAACCUCUUUGGAGCUGGAGUAUGUUUACCUUGUCUCGAAAGCAAGGAGGGCCUCUUUUACUAUUGUUCUACUGAGUGUUAUUAUCAAAAUUUUGAUUGGCAUGCGCAACGGCAUCAUCUUUUCAACCAUCCACAAGAAAGUACCAAAUUAGAGACUAUUACAUUCGCUCGAGAUAUGAAAAUUCUCUCCCAAGCUAAUCUUUAA